UAGACGCCCUGCUGGACGUACAGGUCACAGUGCCCCGGGCGGUCCGGAGGGGUGAAAACGCUCUCCUGGUCUGCUACUACGACAUGGGCGACGAGAAGCUGUACUCGGUCAAGUGGUACAAAGGUCGGCGGGAGUUCUACCGAUACACGCCGAAGGAAAAUCCUGUGAUGAAGAUGUUCUCCGUGCCCGGAGUGCAAGUGAAGCGUACAGCAUCCAACGAGAGCCAGGUGAUGCUAACCAAUCUGAAUGCGUUGUCAUCGGGCAAGUACAGCUGCGAGGUGUCAGCGGAAGCGCCAUCCUUUCACACGAUGAUCGUCACGGGCGAUUUGGAAGUCUGCGAGGUUCCGAAGCACGUGCCGCUCAUUCAUGGAAUCCGACCACGGUACCGGCUGGGUGAUAUCGUCCGUGGCAAUUGCUCCUCGGCCCACUCACGACCAGCAGCCAACCUGACGUGGUACGUCAACGAAAUGCCGGCUAAUCCCUCACAUAUUCGAAAUCAUAAGCCGUUUAGAGACCGUAAUACCGAUUUGGAAACUUCGGCCAUCGGGUUGCACUUUGUGCUGAGCAGUCAUCACUUCCAGCUCGGAAAGCUUAAGAUCCGUUGCACGGCCCGGAUCCAUGACAUCUACCUUCAAUCGACGGAGAAGACCAUCUCCGAGGAACGACCGCAUGUCAUUUCGGCGGCUUCGUCCUCGUCCAACAGCAACGCCAACAGCGUCAACCUGAUAAAUAACAACCCCUACGAUCAGUUCUCCCAGCUGGACAACGAGCUGGACCGGAAGGACUACAUGACGCACUUGCAGGGAGACAUGUCGUCCUCGGCGUCGGGCAGUGCGCCCUCGGUGACGAGAUCGGUGCCAUCAAUCAGCUCAACUCGGUUCCUGGGGGCGGCGGAGGCAACAGGGCUGCUAAUAGUUUUUCACCAUUUGCUCAAAUUCGGCACGAUUUCCAUAACAUGAUUCCGUGACGUGCAUUAGUGAUGUGAUUUCGGGUUUAACUUUCUUCUGUUUGAUUUUUUCCUUGCCCCUUAGUUCUACCAACUGUUCGUGAAUGGAAGGAGCAUCUUUUUUUUCGGUUGGGUUUUAUUGCUCUUAAUACAAGUCAGUGUGUCUCGAAGUGUGCAUGGGAGGAGAAACAAGAAAAAAAAAGAGAAAGAAAAGAGAUGGGGGAAGCUUCACCCACUUGUAGUAUGCCUUGGAAAAUGCUGCGUUGCCUGGCAGCAGUCGGACGAACGUGGGUCGUCGAGUCGGAACUUUUCGUGCUGGUGGUCGGUUGGUGAUGAAGGUGACGGAAGAUAAGCAGCUGCACGGGAUGAAAGCGCGCGUGAUGAAGGUGUUAAUGAUAGCGACGACGCUGAUUAAUGGUUGUUUUGGCGAGUGCGUGGGAAGUGUGAGUGUGUGUGAGUGUGUUUGUGUAUGAGAGAGCGGAAUUUCGGGGUACAACUUUAAGAUUUAGCUGAAGGUGAAGUUGUUGCAGGACGAAAACAAAAACAAACCCCACUUGCAACUAGGGUGGGAGAAGAAAAUUGUGUGAGAAAGAUAUUAGUAGAAUAAUUCUAGCGGAAACUGUUGUGCAUACUUAUCGUCGAAGCAAUUAAUAGAAGAAAGGUGUAAAUUUCAAAGAAUACUUU